CUGUUUUUACUUUCUCAAAAAAAAUUUAAAAAAAAAAAAAAAAAAAAAAAUGAGGUUUCGGCUGCUUAAAAGGAAUCUGCUCGCGCUGUUGGGUGUUUCCUUUGUAGUUGUGACUCUCCUGUUUUCAACACGUGUGUUAUUAGUUUCCGAUAAUGACACAACUGGACCUAAUACUGAUGAUAAUGACGUCGUUCAGGUUAAUCAGUGCACGCGCUCUGGUGCCUCGCCGAAGUUUAACUUCGGCUCGCUCGCGGAGCUGACAAAGUCCGUUUACAAUGCCAAUUACAGGCAGUGCGUUCACAACGCGGAUAGGUUCCCAGGGGAGUCUGGACUGGUGCUGGUCGUGCAGGUCCACAACAGGCCUGAAUACCUCCGACUGCUCAUCAGGUCGCUGGAGAAAGCGGCCGAAGUCCACAGCUUCCUCCUCAUCUUCAGCCAUGACUACUUUUCAGAGGAAAUGAACGCCAUUGUGCAAGGGAUAACGUUCUGCAAAGUCCUGCAAAUCUAUUUCCCCUUCAGCACUCAGCUGUAUCCCGAUGAGUUUCCUGGAAAGGAUCCGAGGGACUGCCCCCGAGACCUGUCCAAGGACGCCGCUCUCAAAACAGGAUGCCUGAACGCGGAGCACCCGGACUCGUACGGACACUACAGGGAGGCGUUAAUCACUCAAACCAAACACCACUGGUGGUGGAAAUUGCACUUUGUGUGGGAGCGAGUGCAGGCCAUGCAGGGCUACAGCGGCUUUGUAGUCCUUCUGGAGGAGGACAACUACAUCUUACCGGACUUUUUCCAUUUCUACAAAUCGAUGAUGGAGUUCAGGAAGAGCAGCUGCCCGGAUUGUGACAUGCUGUCCUUGGGCAACCACGAUGGCCUGACCGAUUUCGCCAGACUGUCCGGUAAGGUGUCGACCACCGGGUGGAUGUCCACUAAACACAACAUAGGCAUGGCCAUCUCCAGGGAGGUGUACUACAAACUGAUGGGCUGCAACAACGAAUUCUGCACCUACGACGACUACAACUGGGACUGGACUCUGCAGCACCUGUCGGGAACCUGCAUAUCGAAGCCUGUCAAAGUGCUUGCGGCACAGGGCUCCAGGGUUCUCCACACGGGAGACUGUGGCCUUCACCAGAAGGAGAACUGCAGGCCAGAAUGGGCCUCGCAGAAAGUAGAGGAGAGCCUUCUAGCGGCCAGCGACGGCCUCUUCCCGCCGUCUCUUGUACUUAAUGGCGCAGAAGGAGUUGAGCACAAGGCGCACAUGAAGAACGGCGGGUGGGGGGAUGUUCGAGACCAUAUUCUAUGCAAAAACUACGCCAAACGUCUUUGAACUCCCACCGUUGCGCUAAGUUCUAUUCUCCAUUGGUAUUUUGCAGAUGUGCCAUUCAUUCAUAACUUUUCAGGGUUUCAGAGGCUGCAGUGAGUUGCGUUAUUUUUUUAUUUUAUUUUUUUCACUCGGGAGUGUGCUAAUGCUCUCUUCCACCAAGGUCUUCCAAGAAAAGGGACCGAAUCAAAUCCCAAAAAAUGCUGCUGGUACACAGCUAGACUUCCGCUUGUUUUGUGUGUUUUUUUUUUUUUUU